CGAACGCACCCACGUGUUAGAAAGUAUUGUAUCUCGCAAACUAGAUAGCUUGGGUGCUUGACUGCUUUGUGAGGUCAGAACGCUCGCCCUGAGAGCGAAACGAUCUGAAUUUACGAACAAACAAUCUGACAACGCUCUAAAUUUCCGAACGGCCCAGAGCGCACUCCAUGGUGGAUUUAUGAACGCCAACUGUGGCCUAGUUCAAGAAGGUCGGCCUGAGCUAGGCGCUGCGUGGAUUCGAUUACAAAAUACAAGGGAAAUCCACGAUGGAGGGCAUGGAUUUGGACCUGGACCCGGAGUUAAUGCAAAAAUUUAGCUGCAUGGGCACUACCGAUAAGGACAUACUCAUAGCCGAGUUUCAGAGAAUGCUUGGGUUUCAACUGAACCCCGCUGGAUGCGCCUUCUUCUUGGACAUGACCAAUUGGAACUUACAAGCAGCCAUCGGAGCCUACUAUGACUUUGAAAGCCCCAACAUCAACGCACCAUGCAUGUCUUUUGUUGGGGAUGUGACGAUCGGGGAGGGGGAGUCUGUGCCCCCUGACACGCCCUUCACUAAGACGUGGAGGAUACAGAACACAGGAGCAGAGUCUUGGCCCCCUGGGGUAUGUCUGAAGUAUGUUGGAGGGGACCAGUUUGGUCAUGUGAACAUGGUGAUGGUGCGCUCAUUAAACCCCCAGGAGAUGGCUGAUGUCAGCGUACAGAUGCGCAGCUCCCUUUCCCCUGGCAUGUACCAGGGCCAGUGGAGGAUGUGCACAGCCACCGGACUCUUCUAUGGGGAUGUGAUCUGGGUAAUCGUCAGCGUGGAGGUGGGAGGCCUCCUUGGCGUGACGCAGCAGAUGUCCUCCUUCCAGGCCGAGUUCAACACCCAGCCUGCCCGCAACGUGGAGGGAGACUACAACCCCUUCGCCUCGCCACAGAAACACGCCGGUGCCCACGAUAACAGUCACCGUGACGACAGCGGCCUCAAGGACCCCGCGGACGUCUGGGAGGGUGGCCCGGACCGAAUGCAGCAAGAGCAAAAUGGACUGUCACACAACUCUGUGAAUAUAGCAACAAACGGGCUCCAAAGCAACCUAGUGACUUACAGUCAGGGUAUUCACGAACCCUAUCCUUUUGGGCAGUCUUAAAACAUGGGAAACAUCGUCACAUCCAGGCAGCACUGUGUUCCUGGAUCCACAACAUCUAUUGUGGGAGGAGGCUUUACUUGUGGCUGGUAGAGUAUCCUGAGAUUCAUACAAACACUUAUGCAAAGUUCCCCCUCCACUUUACGCAACACAAACGGAAACCAGAAGACAAAGCUGCUCUGUUCUCCCAGCAUACGACUCAACCAACAAGAUCCCACAUCCAUUGAAUGCAUGUGUGAAUGUUAAGUUAAAAAUGAGUGCUACAAAUCUUUUUUUAAAGAGAUGAGAUACAAGUUUUUUUUUCUGGUCUUUAUUUUGAGUUAUUUAGUUGUCAUGUCCGAAUGCUGUUGAGACUACAGUGAUGAAAGGAGCAGUGUGUGUUUGCGUCGGAGUGUGCAUGUGAGUGGGUAUGUGUGUUUGCUUGGUUUAUGCAACCUGAAAGAGACAGACUAGGGAGGAAAAGCCAUUUAUUUUGCGUACUGAUCCUCUAGUUCCUAAGCUGACUUAAAAAAAAAAAAAAGUAACCUCUCUUCUUUUCAUACUUUUUAAAAUCCUAAUUUCACAGUGUAUACUUUUUAGGGACAGGAGAAUAAUUCAGCAAAUUUAGCAGCCUGAUAAGCAUGUAUUGUUUUGGAUGUUUUUCUGGUAACAACAAAGGAAGAACAGCUUAUUCACCUGCAAAUCCCAUUUGCUGCAGCUUCACUUUUGAUUGUUGGUUGGUUCUGUUACUCUGAAGUUGAGCUACAGUAUAUCCAUCCACUAGAGGGAGGUCUUUAUCAAAAUUGCAGUUUCCCACUUACCAAUUGGUGAAAAAAAGAAACAUUAACUAACAUUUACUCAUGUCAGGAUCAAUACUUGGAAAGUAGAUUAUAUCACCACACUGUAGGUUCAAUUUGUUUUAAUAGGGCUUCAUCAUUUUGUUCUGUGAGAUUGCAAAAGUUCACAUGUUGCAAAGCAGUGUCGUUUCUUGGUUUUGUCAUUUUGAGUUGAAUGUAUUUGCUGAAUGUAGAGCUAUGUUGUUUUGAAGCAUUUUUGUUUUAUCUGCCCAAAGAUCUUAUACAUUUGCCUUGAAGACACAGCUUCAUUUAAGGUUUUCAGAUUUUCUAACUCUUUUUGUUCAUUAUUAUUUAUUCCAAAGCCCAGGAAAAUGAAUCUGUUCUUGAGAGAAAAUUCUGAAAUUACAAUGACAGUGUCCUCUUGUUCAGACAAUGUUAAACCCAACCAUUUAUUCAAAUAUACAGGCCUUCAUUUUGUUAGUCCCUCUAAAGACUAUAUUUUAAAGAAUGUUUUAAAUGACUUGCACUAACUGGCUAAUCUCUAUGCACUGAGUAGUUUGGCCUCCAGCCCAAACGUGAGAUAUUUUACUAUUGCUCCUUAUGAUGCCAGUUGUCUUUAUGCUUCAGUUUCAUGCCUGGGACACUACAUGCCUGGUAGGCUACAUGUGUGGUCCUCCUCUGUUUUGUUAUCUUUCCAUCUGCAACCAGGGAUUGACUUUGAAAACCUGGCUUGCAAGAUUACAUUUUUCAAAUAUUUACUAUUUACUUCAUUGCAUUGGGGCAGUUGGGCAACAAACGGCAGCAAGCUCAUUUGCACCCAGGGAUGAUUGACUGUACUUUGUCAAUGUGACAGCAGUGUCAUUGUCCAGAACCACACCUCCUGUCAUAGGCAGAUUAGCUAUGUUACAGUUUUCCCCUGAAGGCAUUUGGUAAUAUCUUAGAUCAAUUGCAUGUGCUCUUCAAAUUUAUGAAGCAAGUUAAUGACAAAUGUUUCUCCUCGUCGUAACAGGUAUACACUGCCCAUUAAUCUCCUUGGUUGUGUCUCAAAUUGCCCCCUAUUCCCUUUAUAGUUUCCUUACUAUAUAGGGUACCGUUUAUGACACACCCCACAUUCGUAUGUUUUUUGUUUACAGUCGGAUGUCACAUAUUGAGUGAUUCAUUGCUUUUUUUUUAGGGGGUAUGAUAGAUUUUUUUUCUGUGAAGUUUUCAGGGGUUAGAAUGGUGAAUGGAUGACUUUUGGAAUUCUACAGCAGAACAUUUAUGAGACAGAGUCAGCAAAGAUAUGAAAGCAUUUUUCCUGUAUGUUUGAACGAACGUUUGUAUGAUUAAAUUAUCACUGAAAACAAAA